AUGCCUUCGUUUCGGGGCAUAGACAUCUCCGUACUCGCACAGUCUGAGGUCGGCAAGCUCCCUGAGUACCCCCAUCCUGAUGGGUCCUCCGUUCAACUCGGCACUCCAUAUGACAACCAUCAAGAUCCAUCUCGAGUAUCAAAAGCCAACCCGACGGUGUCAGUGUACAUCCCGUCUGUACCAGGUGCCCAAUUCUGUAUCAAAUAUGUUGUCGAACGAGAGUCCAGCCCUCCAAUUCACCUGUUCUUCAAGUUGUUCAUGAAUGGAAGACACAUCACGUCAUGGGGCAUCAACCCCAAGGUCAAGGACAAGGGCCGGGUCGAAAAGGCCCUGUACGAGCCUAGUGAUCGUUGGGAGCACGAAGAGGACGGCACGACCAUUAAACCAGAGGGAAUUGAGGCCCGGUACUUCCAUUUCAUGGGAGGCGAGCAGGAAAAGUCUGUUGCGGAGGACGGUGGGCUCAUCGAAGUCCAAGUCUUCCGGGCCAAGGGCCGAAAGAGAAGAGCUGCUAAGCUGGAUCAGUACAGGCAUCAGGAAAAGUACGGAAUCGCCGCACCUAGUGGUGGGUUGAUAGACAAUCCGCAAGACGUCACGUUCUUCGACUUCCACCUCAUCGAUCCCAAAGACGAGCCCUUUGCCAGCUUCCGCUUCCAUUACCGUUCUCUGGCAAACCUGCGUCAGCUGAAUCUGAUUCCCUCCGAUGACUCGAGCAUCUUCGAUACAUUCUCUACCAGCACAUUUACUGACAGCAUCGACCUCACUCCUGAUCUCAGCAUCGAUGACACGCCACUCGAGAAAGACCUGGAUCAACCUCCAAUCAUCCGCUCUGAUCCCGACGAGUCGGUCUUCGAUGACGACAGUAGCUCCAAUGAAGACCAUCCAGGUUCAGAACAGCGCAGCAAGCCCCGAAAAGAGAAAGUAUUUGUCCUUAGGACUCCUCCACAGUUGCUCCCAGGGUCAGGCACGAGCCAUAACCUGCCUCAGCCCAGCAAAACGCUCAGGGACGGUUCUACCGAUGGUAUUCCAGACUCGUAUCUUCAGCGUCCCUUGCCGGAUCGGCCGCUCCCCGACCUGCCUGUUGGCGUACCAAAUGAAAUUUGUGGCCCCUCGCGGAAGACAUCCACUGCAUCAAUCGCGACGUCGCUCCUGAGCUACGUCAGAGACGGUUCAUUCUUGGACGAGUCUGUUGAAUACGGCCAUGCCCAGGAGGUCCCGGUGUACAAGGCCAAGUCAGAUGCUUACCCUACUCUCAAUCAUCACCAGUCUUGUCCCGACGACCGGUCAGUAUCCGACUAUGAGAACUAUCUUUCAUCCGAGGAUGAAUUGAGGGUCAAUCAGUUCCAGUCGGCCUCGCCAGGCGAGCAUACAGUCAGCAACGGGAGUAGAUUGAAGAAUUAUGCGGAUGUCUUGGACAGCGACGAUGGGUCGCCAGCAGCGAAAGACAGCAAGACCGCCGGCCCGAAGGCUAGCAAGUCCACCGUCAACAUUGGGGAGAAGUACAUCGACUUUUCAAGGUUCCCGCACCUUCAGCUUGAUGAGUACGAAUGGAUCCGCCGCUCGCCUUCUCCCAAGGCUCCGCCUCGCCGGGUGCUGAGCCCAAGACUUGGUCGGCUCUGGGACACGCUGCGCCGUAACCGGUCUCGCUCACCACUGAGGCAGCCGUUGCGUGAGGCACCUGGUCGCAACUAUUCAACGCCUCACCUGUCUGGCCAAGACGGAAACGAGAAGUAUGGCAAUUGGAUCUAG